UCCAGGGUUCCUCUGCUGGUUAGCCUAACCCAUGGCCGUCCCUCCACCCUCCCAGGCCAAGCCAAGCAAAAUCCCACCGGCCCUAGAACUGCCCCAGCGGCUGGAGGCAGGCCUGGAGAAAAACCCCAAGUCUCAAGGGGAGGACCAGGCAUGCCUACUGAGGGGCACAUCUGCAGCUCAGACCCUUGCCAGCAUCAUCCGGCCUUGCUACGGCCCCUACGGCCGGCAGAAGUUCCUGGUGACUGCCAAGGGAGAAACAGUUUGCACAGGGCAUGCGGCUGUCAUCCUCAGGGCUCUAGAGCUGGAGCACCCGGCCGCCCAGUUUGUUCGAGAAGUGGCCCAAACACAGGCAGAGAAUACCGGGGACGGCACAGCCUUCGUAGUCCUCCUGACAGAAGCCUUGCUGGAGCAGGCCCAGUACCUUCUCUGGGCUGGCCUAGCCCGAACCCAGCUCCGGGAGGCCUUUGCAACAGCCACAGCAGAAGUCCUGACAGCUCUGCCUGCCCUGGCUAUCCGAAGUCUAGGGCCCUUGGAAGACCCUUCGUGGGCCCUUUAUUCUGUGAUGAACACCCACACCCUGUCCAACACAGACUACCUAACCAGGCUUGUGGCUCAUGUCUGCUGGGUUAGCAGGAAGCCAAGUGGCGACUUCAAGCCUGAAAGUAUUGGCGUGUGCUUGCUGGAGGGUGGUACUCUGCUCGAUUCCCGGAUCCUCCCCGGGCUAGCAAUAUCUGGGAAGCCCUGUGGACAAAAGACGGAGGUGCAAGCGGAUGCCAGGGUGGCCCUGUUCAUGUGUCCCUUUGGUCCUACAAAUCCAGUAUCACUGGCCACGCCCCGUCUCUCUAGCUCUGAAGAAUUACUAAGAUUUCGGAAACAAACUGAGCAAGCGGAAAAGGAAAUAUCUGAACUGGCCGCUAUGGACAUCAAUGUGGCAGUGGUAUGGGGGGAAGUUAAUGAGAAGGCGGUGCUCCAGGCUGAGGGGUAUGGCAUCAUGGUGAUUCAAGCCAAGUCCCGAAAGGAAAUGGUCUACCUGAGCGAGACCAUGGGUACCCCUCUGCUAACCCGCUUGCUUCCUCCCCUGGAUCCGGGGAAGUGCCAGAAGGUUUAUAAGCAGGAGUUGGGGAAGAGUGUGGUGGUGGUGUUUGAGUGGGACUAUGAGAAAGCGCCUUCCCUCACGGUGGUCCUUAGGGGACCCACCAUCCAGGGGCUUCGGAGUGCAGAGCAGGCUGUCUACUACGGCAUUGAUGCAUUUUCCCAGUUGUGUCGAGAUCCCAGAAUGUUGCCAGGGGCUGGUGCCACAGAGAUGGCUCUUGCAAAAAUUCUGGAAGAGAAAGGAAGCCGCCUGGCAGGCCCCAAUGGUCUGGUCUUCCUAGCAUUUGCUCAUGCCCUGAGCUCUCUGCCUAAAACCUUGGCAGAGAAUGCGGGCUUGGAUGCCCAGUGUGUGAUGGCAGAAAUGAGUGGAAUUCACCAGGUUGGGAACUUCCUCAUUGGAGUGGGAAGCGAUGGAGUAAUAAAUGCGGCUCAUGAAGGGAUAUGGGACAUAAUGAGGAGCAAAGCCCAAGGACUACAGGCAGUAGCUGAGCUCGUGCAGCAGCUGGUGACCGUGGACGAGAUCAUAGUGGCCAAGAGGACUCGUGUCUCCCAACAACAGAUCACAAGACCCUCCUCGAAGGCAAAGGGCUCCUCACCCCAGAAAGAAAAAGUCUUUCAGACGUACAUAUAG